GCUUCAGUCAAAUAGUUGAAUCAAAUGAAAAAAGACAUAAAAAAGGAAAGACAAAUAAUCCCUUUUAAUUUGUAAAAGCUGUUCAUUUUUGCAUUAAUCAGUGUUUUAAUCCUUUCCAUUUUUCCCAUUACAGUUUCAAUCAUCAAUCUCACCAACUCAACAAUCUUCAUCAUCUUCUCUUAUUCAGCCUUCUUAUCCCCAUAACAUUGAAGAUUACAACAAAAUCGACUCUUUUUCUCGUCUUUUUUUACAGUUUCAUUUAUUGUGUCAAUUUUGUUAGCCAAGUGUAAUUGAAAUUAAACAUUGAACAAGAUUUCUGGUUAACUCAAGGCUUUGAACCAAAGACAAACGGAUAAUUUAGUGUCCAUUUUUCACCUGCAAAUGACCACAACAAGAUGAAAUGUUAUAUUAAAUUGUGAUUUGUUUCAACAAAUUUCUUGUGUCAUUCAAUUCAUCAUCAAAAUGAAUAAUAUUGAAAUGUGAAUCUUGAUGAAACCAGGAAAAUAAAGACGUUCAAAAGACAUUUCUAGUUGCUCUUUUUUGCAGCAAACAAAAUCAACUUUAUUUGCUUUUUACAUUUUUGUUAAUCUCGUCAACUCUUUCAACCCUUUAAUUCCUUCAAAUCUUGUAAUCAUUAAAUCCUCAAAUCUUCCACCUUUCCUUUCCUCUUUAAUGUAUUAUAAUUAAUUAUCUUGAACUUUAAUUAAUCACAAAUAUUGUAUCAUCAAUAAACACCUCAUAACAAUGGCUGGAGCUUUGAGUAUUGUUUCUGGUGCUCGAGCUGGACAAACACCUCAAGAGGCUAUUCUCGAAAUUUACACUGGACAACACAAAUUUACAAAUGUACCCAAAGUUAGUGGAAACAACGACCAACCCAAUGAAAGGGUAAAAGCUCGUAGUGGAUCUGAAACAGCUUUAGGUAAUUUUAAUCCAUCUUAUCGAUUUGAACAAUUAGAACACGACCAUUCACUUUGCGAACGGGUGAUUAUUAAUGUGAGUGGAACCAAAUUUGAGACCCAAUUAAGAACGUUAAAUUUAUUUCGAGAUACUUUAUUAGGAGAUCCACUUCGUCGGCUUAGAUAUUUUGAUCCAAAUCGAAAUGAAUAUUUUUUCGAUCGAUGUAGAAUAGCCUUUGAAGGUAUAUUAUAUUAUUAUCAAAGUUGUGGUCGCUUAAGAAGGCCGGGAAAUGUACCUUUGGACAUUUUCGUGGAAGAGGUUAAAUUUUAUGAACUGGGUGAAGAAGCUCUUGAAAAGUUGAAAGCUGAUGAAGGUUUUGCUGCCGAUAAAGAGGAUCGUCCACUGCCAAAAAACGAGAUUCAUCGUAAAUUAUGGUUACUCUUUGAGCACCCUGAAAGCUCUCAAGCUGCCCGAAUUGUGGCGAUAACUUCAGUCCUUGUUAUCAUUGUAUCAAUAGUAAUCUUUUGUCUGGAAACUUUGCCUCAAUAUAAACAUUACAAAAUUUUUACCACUUUGGACAAUAAAACUCGGGUUAUGGAAGAUGAUGUCCCAUCAACCGAUAAUCCUUUCUUUAUCGUUGAAAGUUUAUGCAUUGUAUGGUUCCUUUUGGAGUUUUCAAUUCGUCUUUUUGCUUGUCCAUCAAAAAUCGAGUUUAUUAAGGAUAUUAUGAAUGCAAUUGAUUUUAUGGCUAUUGUACCUUUCUUUAUUACAUUAGGAACCGUUUUUGCUGUUAAAGAUGAUCCUGCCAAGGUAUUUCAUGAGAAACAAAAUCAAGGAGCUUCACUGGCCAUCCUUAGGGUUAUCCGUUUGGUUCGAGUCUUCCGUAUAUUUAAAUUAUCCCGUCACUCCAAAGGCCUACAGAUCCUUGGUAUGACUCUGAAAGCCUCUCUCCGGGAAUUAGCCUUACUCAUGUUUUUCCUACUUAUUGGUGUAAUACUUUUCUCCUCGGCGGUUUAUUAUGCUGAAGCUGGCUCUGAAAGGUCUUACUUUAAAUCCAUUCCUGAUGCUUUCUGGUGGGCUGUGGUCACUAUGACCACUGUCGGCUAUGGUGAUAUGGUUCCACAUGAAUUUUGGGGUAAAAUGGUUGGCUCUCUUUGUGCUAUUGCUGGUGUACUUACCCUGUCUCUUCCCGUGCCUGUGAUAGUCUCAAAUUUUAAUUAUUUUUACCAUCGUGAGAUGGAUUCAUCUAAUUUACAAUCAACUAAUACUAAUCAUACCCUUAGUUGUCCCUUUUUACCAGCCAUCGUAGGGCAAGACAGACUCGGGCGAACAUCUUCCAUUGACUCAUCAAUAUCAUCCUCGACAACAACCUCUUUUCACCAACAAUCACAUCAUCACCACUACCAACAAUCAACUCAAGUACAUUCUGUUAACCACUCACAUCAUUACCAAUCACAACCACAGCAACAACAACAAAAACAUUCGAGUCAACAUCAUAAAAACUCCCAACAACCUUUAUCCCCUCAACAAUCAAUUAAAUAUAUUGAUCAUCGAAGUGAUUCAAAUAAUUCUUUAAAAUCGUCUAGGAUUAAUGAUGAAAUUGGUUUACCAUCAUCAGUAUCUAAUUGCUCACUACACAAUAACACAUCACCUUCAUCUGCUACAGCAAAUCUACAACAACAAUCUCAAUCAUCUAAUCAUCAUCAUCAAGGCGCUGCUCGUUCAAAUGAGAGCAACACUGUAUCACGAAGCUGCCUAAAAGUAAACAAUUGUAAUUAGUUUAAUUUGAUAUUAUUAAUUAUUAAUUAUUAAUCAUUGAUUAUUGAUUAUUAU